AAUUCUUCCUUUCUAAUCUCCAUUUCUGGUUUGGUUGCUAUCAGCAACAAGUUGGUCGGAGAAGGAGAAGUUGUUUCCCUUCAAGAUGCAUGGGAGAUGAUGCCAAAAUCGAAAGAACAACUAUGCUUGGUAGGGAAAAUUCUUCUCAAAAAGGAAUCAACCUUACGAGUCUACAGAAUGCCAUGAUCUCCUCCUGGAAUCCUAGGAAUAGCUUGAAGGUUGAGAAAGAAGACUGUACGAAUAUUCUCUCCCCUACUCGAUCUCAGAAUAAAGAAUAUCACAUGAACACUCUGGUUAAGCUACCUGAGCAAUCAAGGAAAGAGGGCAUUUUGGUGGAAGAGAGCAACCGUGGAACAGAAAGCAAGGAGCAGAACCCAGUCCAGGGGCAUGAGGACUCUGAGCCAUUGAACAUUGAUUAUGCUUUGGAUAUGAACUUGGUAGACAUCCCUUUAAACAAUAAGCAGCAAGAAGAUAGGUCGGAAAAGCAAAAGCUAAACCUUGGUAGGGAAAUUGGAAGGGAUUAGAUAAAGGCCCCUCCCUUGAUCACUUGGUAAAAAGAAGGGGGCUAAGGGCAAGCGUAAAGGCGGGAAACCUGAAGAUAAGCGAGCUUCUAAAGUAUUAUUGGACAAUAACGGUACUGUUGUAGUCCUUUCGGAAUAUAGCAACAAUCCUACC